GCGUUCGGUCUCGCGCAUGCGCCCCAACGGGAUCCCGCGGCCGUCCGCUCUGGCUUGUGCUGUCUUUCAGUUAUCGCGUAGCACAUUAGCGGACCUAGAGCUGGGCACAUAUUAGCGGACCUAGAGAUGGGCACGCAGGCCAGCGCCCUGUUAGCCCGCCGUGUUCUGGCCUGACGUUAAUGACGGCAGCACUCCAGCUCUCCUGAGGAGUCUUCCUGUCGGGAAGUCCUCCCAGGGUUGGGAGCAGAGGAGAGGGAGGGGGGUCUAGAAAUGGCGGCCCCAUCUCCCAACAACUUGGGCAUUGUGAAUAUCACCUCCUUAGAGGGGAUCUCCUUUGGUCAUCCCGUCUAGAGCAGCCACCAUCACUUCUCAGCGUUUAUUGCUAGCUGAUAUAUAUCAGAAAAAUACAAAUUCCACAAAAGCAGGGAGUGGUCUGCUUCUCUCCCUGCAGGGCCCAGGUUCUGGCACAUAGUUGGUGCAGAAUGUGUGCAGCCUCAGGUCCUAUCCAAGCCCCCAGGGCAUCACACUCUGGACUUGUUCUGCGUAUUUUUACUUUUGCCUCCCACUGGUACUAGUUCUUCCGUGGAACAGCCUGAGUCCCUUCAGAUACUUAAUGUUUUUCUCAAGUGCUGCCAUGAAGCCAGAUCUCCACCGUCUUGGGGCAUUCCUUUUUAGGGAUGGGAAGUAUAUGUCGCUCCUUUUAUGUGAUUUAAAUUCUAUCUUGGAUAAUUUGGCCAUCACCCUAGUUCAUUCAGAUCUGUUUGGAUCCUGCCCAUCUUAGUUUCAGUCUAUUUCAUUCCUUUAAAUCUGAUCGGCAGUUACCUCCAACAGCUUCAUCACAAAUCACUCACAAAAAUGGCCUUAAUCCUGAAGUUUAUUUACGGAGAGCACACUUGCUAGGUGUGUGGCAGAUACACAGGAAGCACAAGAUGAGGCAGCAGAUCUAGAGGCAAAUGACUUCCUUCUCCCUGCCUAGUGGUGACUGCCAGCAUCACGCCCUCCCGGGAGAGAUAAAGAACAGGAAAAAGAGAAAAAAUCAGUGAUCUGUGUCGAGGGCAAUAUUGCAAGUGGGAAGACGACAUGCCUGGAAUUCUUCUCCAACGCGACAGACGUCGAGGUGUUAACGGAGCCUGUGUCCAAGUGGAGAAAUGUCCGUGGCCACAAUCCUCUGGGCCUGAUGUACCACGAUGCCUCUCGCUGGGGUCUUACGCUACAGACUUAUGUGCAGCUCACCAUGCUGGACAGGCAUACUCGUCCUCAGGUGUCAUCUGUACGGUUGAUGGAGAGGUCGAUUCACAGCGCAAGAUACAUUUUUGUAGAAAACCUGUAUAGAAGUGGGAAGAUGCCAGAAGUGGAUUAUGUAGUUCUGUCGGAAUGGUUUGACUGGAUCUUGAGGAACAUGGACGUGUCUGUUGAUUUGAUAGUUUACCUUCGGACCAAUCCUGAGACUUGUUACCAGAGGUUAAAGAAGAGAUGCAGGGAAGAGGAGAAGGUCAUUCCGCUGGAAUACCUGGAAGCAAUUCACCAUCUCCAUGAGGAGUGGCUCAUCAAAGGCAGCCUUUUCCCCGUGGCAGCGCCUGUUCUGGUGAUUGAGGCUGACCACCACAUGGAGAGGAUGUUAGAACUCUUUGAACAAAAUCGGGAUCGAAUAUUAACUCCAGAGAAUCGGAAGCAUUGCCCAUAGGAGGCAAAAGGUCUAUGGCUCAUGUCUGAAAAAUGCCUGCUGCUGCCAAGUUAGCUAUUGGGAGCAAUCUGGAAAAACUUGCUCCCAGGAGGGCUUUGUGUCUGGCCAGCUUGAUUUUCCUAAUGGUCCCAUCUCCUUUGCUAGUGUCUUUGUCAUGCGUCUCUGGCCCUCGUGGGUAAAUGACAAAUGGGACCAAUGGGUUUGCCAAGCCCUUUGCUGUUCACAGCCUCACAUUCCCCCGGUGCCUCUCCCAUGGCUUUGUGCUGUUGAGUCGCUCUCAUGAAGCCCUUAGGGAGAGCACCUGUUGUGUGCCUGACACCACGCUGGAGCUGUGUACCAAUCGUCUCAGCCUUCAUUAGGAGGCCGAGGUAGGAGUCUUAUAUCCCAGGUGAGGAAUUUGAAGCUCAGAAAGGUUGAGGGGCUCCCCAGAGGUCACACAGCCUGUGUGCAGUGGAGCUGGCACCAUUCAGACUUUCAGCCGACUCAGCAACUUUCCCUUGCCCUGGGCUGCCUCCUCCUGAGAGCUGUUCCCCACCGCCCUGCCUCUUCCGGUUGGAGGCUCUCAUGUCUCUUUGGGGAGAGCUGGCAGUGUGCGGAGCUGAUAACAUUUUCCCAAUAUUGAGCAGUUCCCAAGGACAGUCAGCAUUUCUAGACUUCCACAAAAUUAUGCUGCAUUUGGCUGGAGCCCGGUGUUCAGUGGUUUCCCUGCCCGAGGCCGCUGCAGCCCCAUCUACCACAUCUUCAUGUGGACAUUGAGAUUCACACGCUGGCUCCUGAAGGGUGCUCAGUCCCCUUGGUGAUGAAGGUCCUGCUUGAACUGCUGCCAACUCCAUGUCAGGGAAGUCGCUUUUGGUGCCUGGCUGGUUUGCCCAGAGCCAAGCUGGGGCAAGGGGCAGCCAGCCCUGGCUUCCAAGGCUCCCGUACUGUCUGUGUCCUUGUAAUAAGGAGCUUUGCUCUUGGAAUUACUGAAAGUCUGUGGCCCAAGAGAGAGACACAAGUGGCCUUAAGUCUUUUUGAAAUGUUAUUUCAUCCAGGGAAAUGCCUUGAGCCAUAGAGCCUGAAAUCAUCUUUGUUGGCUCAGAAAAUACCUUAGCUUCACUCAGCUGGAACUGCAUUGAAGGCGAGGCUGCCCCUUCGAGCAAGCAGAAAACAAGAGAAAGAAAGAACGUUCCCUUUGGGGAUAGUCUGGAAAGUUGGGAUUUGCAAAUAAAGGCUCUGGAAGCAUUGCUGGUCCUGAAGCUUUGGAGGUGGGCAGAGAGAGCUUCAAGAAGACUAGAUGCGAACCCUGGAAAGGAUUAAGGCUCAACUCUGGAGAAACAGGCCACAGCCUCUCAGAGCAGCUGUUGGCUGUAAAUAGAGGUAGCAAGGCCACUCCCAGGCCCCUGUGAGUGUGGGCACCUGUGCAUGCGAUGCUCCGUCUCUGCAGAGGUGCCAAGUGCCCCUGCUGGGCCAGUCCCAGAGAGUUAGGAAGUCAAGGCCUCCAACUCCUGGUUCUUCCUGUUUGGACCAGUUCUUGUGCCAUUGGCAGGAUGAGAGGCAGCAGCCAGGCGGGAGCUGUGUCCAGCAGCACCUGUAGCCCACGUGCUGCUAAUUAGCUGGAAGACUGGCGAAGGCAGAACCUUUGCUACCAGGAAUCUUGACAUGUGGGGUCUGUCUUUGAGAAUUUGUAAAUGAACAGUCCAUUAUUUCCUCUCGGCUCAUUUUGCACAUCCAUUUUGGGGGAAAUGUGAUUUCUCUCUCUCUCUCUCUUUUUUUUUUUUUUGCCUAAGGCACAAUCUCAAGAGGUCCUGAGACCAUGUACCCAUGAUUUUUUUCUUGCUCUGUGAUACCCAAUAACUCCUUCACCUAAGCCCUGUUGUUGAUUUUGAAGUGCUUCCUAGGCCAGUGAUUUUAGCUUCUGCCAGCUGCUUUUGCCAGUAGAUUAACGUGUUUUUAUUUUUCAAACUCCGUGUUUCCUAACGUGGAGUGUAUGGGUCUAAAAGAGCCUGCUGUCCUCCCUGCCUUCCACUUUGGAGAGGAGGCUGGACGCAUCAGCAGUGGCCAGGGCAGGUCGCAAAAUCUCCCAGCCUAGAGACCACACCUGAAAUGGCUGAAGCCAGCUUGCACAAGGGCUGCUGUCCCCCUGCGGCAGGCAGAGCUGGUGGGGGCAGGGGUCACAGAGCAGUCAUAGACACUGUGGACCAGGGCAGGAGAAGGGCAGAUGGCACAUGGGCACAACAGGGCCUCGUCCUUAGAGCCCUGGGGGGUCAUGGCUGGGAGGGGCUUGGCAGGGGCUGGCAUCCCUGUAGAGCCAGAGGGGCCACCCAGGGCAGUGACAUUCCAGAUAUGUUGGGUUCACCUCAUCCUUGUUGUGAGACUGGAGUUCCAUGGGGACAUGAAGUCAGUACACCGCAGAGCUGCUCAGCUGCUCUACCUCUCGCUGACUUUUUUGUUGCACAUCAUAUACAUUUUCUUUCAAUUAGCAUUUAUUUCAGCUUUUAUUUAAGCUUUUUGACAGUACAUGUAAAAUAUAUGAUUAUAACCAUUUAAAAA